GUUCAUCCUGACUAACAUGUUUAGCUAUCAUCGGCUUCACCUUGUUUCACAACAUGAUUGCGCGGAAGCACAUCAUCCCAACAAUAUGCACAUGUGUAUCAAACAGACAGUUUCAUUCGCCGGAGUGGCUAUCUCUAUCUAAGCAGAUAUUAUCAACCAAGCAUGUGAGGCAUGUGUGCUCUUCCGCACAUAGAUAUCAGUUUGUAGAGAAGACAAAAAUAUAUAAAUUUCGCACCCAAAUUUCUGAUCUGGCUCAUUAACAACCCAUUCCAAACAUUCUUCUCUUCUACACACACAUUUCCUCUCUCUCAAAGCAUGACAGUCAGCACAGAACUCAAAGACUAUGUUCUGGAUCCCUACCAUCCAGAUGCUCUCGACCUUAUUCAAAACAUUCCAGGGAUCCAAGCCAUUCUCCCCGGCGAUCCUCGCAUGGGAACCUGGCACUCAGACGCCGACGGACUCAUGGUCCGCUCCGACUCUCGACUCACGGAGAGAGACUUCGCCAAAGCCCAGCGUCUUCGCGUGGUGGUCAAACAAGGCGUUGGUGUCGACAACAUCGACCUCAACGCUGCCAAGAAACGCAGUAUCGCCAGUGUGACCGAGCUAUCGAUGGCUCUCACACUGACUCUAACCCGCAGGGCCACUGAGAUCGACCGAGCCAUGCUCAGCACCAGCAUGUUCCGCAAGACCGUUGGUGUGAAAUGGAUUGGCGCUUUUGAUUGCUCUAUUGUGGCAUUUGAUCAGUUCAUGUGGCCCGAGGCGUGGAGUAAUGUAGAUCAUACUCGGGAGGAGACGUUGGAUGAGUUGCUGAGAGUUGCUGAUGUGGUGACGCUUCAUGGUCCUCUUGUUGAGGAUACGAGGAGUCUGGUUGGCGAGCAUGAGCUGAGCGUUAUGAAGGAUUCGGCCUUUUUGGUGAACUGUGCCCGGGAUGGUGUCGUUGCGGCGCUGGAUACUACGGAGAUUGAACCUCCCACUUUGGUGGUGCACGGUGCGUUUUUGAAGCAUGACAAUGCUAUUAUCACUGCCCAUAUCGGAGGAAGCACGAAGGAGAACCAAAGUCGAAAUGGGAUGUACGUGGCGAAGACUUUGGUGAAUGUGUUACAUGGAAGAGAGGCAACUGGAAAGUUGGUUUGA